AUGGAACCUAUUCAAAGCCAAGAGACAGAUGUAAAUCUUCUCAGUUUUCACAGAACUCCCUCUCUCCGUCGCAAAUGGAGAAAACGCUAUGGUGGUUUGGCUGGGAACAACUUACUGGAGCCAAAUAAGGAGGAAGAUAUGCAAGACUUGCCAUCGUUUGUUAUCAAUGGCACGAAUACCCCAGUACCACACAGGGAGCAAAGAAAGGCCCGUGCCCCACAACCCUGGCACACUAUUGGCAGGCCAGAGGCCCAGUACAGCCUGGUCAAAAGGAAGACGGCAGCCGAUGCACUCUUUGACAGCUUUGCCUCCAAUGGAAGAGUCAACACCCAACAGUUUCUAAAGAUGCUGUGGAGUUCUGGGAUAAGGCCAGCUGAUCCCAGGAUUAAAGACUGCUGCACACUAAUGAGGAAACUCCAAGACACAGAUGAAACUGUUGAUAAGAACGCCUUUCACAGGUGUGUGACAGGCUUUGUGUCUUUCAUCUUGAAAGCACUGCAGGGACGGUUUGUCAUUCCAGACUUUUCCACAUUCGCAGAGGAGACCCAGAGGCUUUAUAGGAAAUGUAAACAGUUGUCCUGUGUCCCGGAAAAGGACUCAGUCAGGGCAGACGAUGGAAAGUGGGCGGUGUCAAUCUGUACAGUGGAUGGUCAGAGGCUUUCUCUUGGUGACUGCACUGAGCCCUGUGUACUGGGGGAGAUUUCCUGGCCAUUCAUUUACUGCCUCUCAUUGGGCCAGCUCGGUGUUGACUACGUGCACAGAUAUGUUGGUAUGGAGGAGUACUCAAAGUACGAGUCGGCUUUCGCUCUGACUAAGCAGGGGCUGCCACACUGUCCUCUCACUGAGACAGGAGCUCUAGUCAGUGCCUCUCUGUUACAGCAGUUAACUGCUAGGCCCUUCACAGACGAGGAGGAGAAGUAUGAGUCAAUUUUGAAUGUAAUCAGAAGACUGUGUAACAAAGAACAUGCCAAUCUGAAUUGUACGAGUUAUAUGAACUUGAGAAAAGACAGUGCUCAACUCCACGCACUCGCUUUUUAUCUUCAAGAGAAGAAAUGCUUUCCUGAGUCAGCUGACAUGAGUGCCUCACUGGAUCUCCUGAUGCAGUGUUUUUCCACUGAGGUCACAUGUGAAUCAGGAGCCGUCAUAGCUGCCAGUCUGGCCAAUGGCGGGCUUUGCCCUCUGUCAAGUGACCAGGUGUUGUCCUCCUCUGCCACACGGAGCACUCUUUCUAUCAUGCAGGUCUCUGGAAUGAAUGAUUACUCCAGAACAUUUCAUUUUAAGACCUCAGCACCUGCAAAGUCCAGUCGAUCCGGGGGUGUCAUGGUGGUGAUCCCAGGGGUUCUGGGACUCAUGUGCUGGUCGCCUGAAUUAGACGGCAACGGAAACCCCUGGAAGGGAGUGCACUUCUGUGAGGAACUGGUGUCAACUUUUCAACUGCAUAGUUUUGACAUCAGGACUCCGUUCAAGCAGGUUCUCUCCUACAGACAGUGGAAAGUGGAAUCUGAGGGUUACCAAAUUAUGAAUCUACUCUUAGCUGCAUACAGAGGGGAUGUACAGUCUUUGCGCAGAUACGUUCUGUCCGGAGUAGACGUUAACUCUGUGGAUUACGAUGGGAGAUCUGCUCUGCACGUUGCCGCCUCAGAGGGUCAGCUAGACGUCAUCAGGUUUCUUGUGGAAAACACGGGUGCUGACUGUUCAUUGAAGGAUAGAUGGAGCAAUACACCGAUACUGGAAGCUAUGAGAUGCAGUCAAGAAUCUGCUCUACAACUUUUAAAGAAAUAUGCCGAACAUGAGGAGAGUUUCUGA